AUGUCGGUUUUGCUAACGAGCAAUUGUAACUUAGCAUCAUCAUCAUUUGCAUGUAAUAAUCCUAAUGUGGAUAGUCGAUCAGCAAUUACUUCAUCACGUUCAGAGGCUGUUCUUAGAUCCUACUCUGUUUCAUCUCGUCAAAGCUGUGAUGAUCGUAAGCAACAAAACUCAAAUAUGCCAUCAAUGUCAGUUAUCAGGGAAACAUCCACUUCAUCUUCUAAUAAAAUAAUAAAUAAUGCUAAUAAGACAAUAACUCCUAUAUCAAAUAUAUGCUUAAAACGGAUCAAACAAUGGUACAAAUUUCUUCAUCUCGAUUAUUUAUUCUCAUUGGCAUUUAUGAUGUUUUAUAUGUUCCUUGGAGCAUUAUUAUUCCUUUGGCUUGAGGGUGCAUCAGAUCAAGCUCGGAAACUGAACGAAUAUAAAUUUUACAUUCAUCAAAGAGAAUUAUUUCUGGAACAACUUGAUGAAAUAUACAGUAUUAAAACAUCACAACAACGAAAGCAUCUAUUAAAAGAAGCCAUUGAUUAUUUACAUCAGCAAAUUGGUGUUUCGUUUAAUAAUCAAUCAGAAUGGUCACUUACAACUGCUUUAUACUACUCUGGCACAGUUCUUACAACAAUCGGUUAUGGUGAUAUAGCAUGUAAUACAUCAAUUGGUCGAUUUAUGACAAUAAUUUAUGCAAUCAUUGGUAUACCACUAAUGCUUAUCACGCUUCGAGAUCUUGGCAAUUUCUUAUAUAAAGCAAUUGUCAAUGCUAUUCAACUAAUGCAUUUCACAUCAAAUUUAUGCAGAAUAUUUGGCAGAAUAAAUUAUAAAACAUCAAUUCAACAAAAUAACAAUAAUGAUUUGGUGCAGCUUGAAAGUGGCAUAUCCGUUGGUAAUGAUAAUAAUGAUGAUGAUACCAAUGAUAACUUUUCACCAGAACCGAAAUUUCAAUUAGGCGGUGAAUUUAUUGAUGAAUCAAUAAAAGAGGAUGAUGCAAAAAAUGUUGAUGAUAUGGAAUUAAACGAUAUGGCACCACCUCGAAUACCUGUAUCACUAGCUGUUGGGAUCACUUUCAGUUGGAUAUUCUUGUGUGCAGGACUUUUUAAAAUUUGGGAGCACGAUUGGACUUAUGCAGAAAGCUGUUAUUUCAUGUUUAUUAGUCUAUCAACGAUUGGAUUGGGUGAUCUUUCUGUACGACGAAGAGAUUUGAUGAUCAUGUGUUUUAUUUUUGUGAUAAUUGGUCUUGCAAUGGUCAGUAUGUGUAUCAAUGUCAUACAAAGAGCAUUAGAAGAUUUUUAUAUCAGAGUUUUUUUGAAAUUGUUUCUCGAAUAUCAGUCUAAAUUAAAACUAGGAAAUGAUUCAGUUGGAGCUUCUGUGGGUAUGAUGCAAAUGUGGGGUAAUAAUAAAAAAGCUAAAUAUUUGAUAUCAUUUUUAAGCAAAAAUAGACGAGCAUCAGUGUUGACGAAAGUACAAAAAGAUGCUGUAGCGCGUGGAAUUGAAAUUCCACCAAUUUUCUCAGAUAUUGAUGAAGAAUCCGGCAUGCCAAAAAUGUUUUCGAAAGAUUUAAAUGAAAUAACACUAACAGCUACUGUGGAAGAAGUUAUUCAACAACAAGUUGAAGCUAAACAAUUUUUGCCAAUUCAAUCAUUAACUGAACUAUCACUUCCAAAAACAGUAUUCUAUGAUACUGGUGUACAAACUUCUCUUUUAUCAUUUAAUGAUAAAGGUGAGCAAACAUUAAUGGUGACAUUAUUGGAUACAGCAAUUGUAACUGAUCCGUUAAUUAAUGAAAUGGUUGAAGAAGCUGUGCAAUGCCUUAAUCCGACAUUAAUUCAUAGUAUUAUACAAACGGAAAUAAUCGAAUUAAAAGAUAGUGAAUGUAUUACAGUUAUGCCUGAAUAUAUGGUACGUGAUGUACAAACGGAUGAAGUAAGAUUAAUUGAGCAAGAUAUUCAAACUCAUCUAUAUGAUAUCUUAGAAGCUAUCACUCAAACUGACAAUGAUGAUUUUAUUCAGAAGCCACUUGUAGAAAUGAUAGAAAGUGAAAUGCAAACUGAUCCUAUAAUUCUGAAACAAGGAAAAAGUCGACCAGGUGUAUCACGAAUAAAAGAAGAAUUAUUGCAAGAAACACUUCCACAAAGACGAUCAUCAGCUUCUCAUUCAUUAUCAGGUUAUAUAGAUGUUAGUGAGGAUGAGGAAGUUGCAGAUGAGGAUGAAGAUGCUAAUAAUCUUGACUGGAAUCCCAUUGAUGGUAUGCAUGCUGAAAGACAACGUCCAGUACGAGAUUUAAAACAAUUUUUUGAAACCAGUAAAAAAAGAGGCUCAAUUAGACGACGAUCACAACUUCGACUUUCAGCAUCACCAUCUCCUUCUACACCAUAUAAAUUUUAA